AUGCCAUUUUUUAGGAUCCAAGACAGUUCCACAGAUGAGAGCGAAUUAUUACGAAGUGAUCCCGAACAAGCUGGAGAUGAAGAAAGUAGUGAGCAUGAUCAGAGCGAAACCUCUGAUCUCUUCUGGGACGAUGAAAAACCGCAUCGAAAAGAGACUAUGCAGGAAUUUGUUGGGAGGCAAUAUCGAAAUGUUGUGCAUUUCUUCGUGGAAGACUGGUUCCUCUCAGCUUUGCUCGGAAUUAUCACUGCAAUAUUAUCCAUAACCACUGACGUAGGCAUUGAAUAUAUUCUUCAUUGUUUCCUUCUAUCUCUUGCCAUUAGCGUGAUUCAAAAAAUGGGACCAUGA